AAUAAGGAAGUGACCAGGAUGGGCAAAAAGGUACAAUUUUGAGAUUUAUUCAUUUUCCCUUCAUACAAGAUCGGAACUCUUCAUUUCAGUCCAAGAUUUUUCAUACAAGAAAUGCUGUAAAAAGGCGUAGAAAACGUACACCCAAAAAUUACUUUGAGUACCCAAUUGGGGUGACUUCCGGCACGGCUCAUUUGCAUUUUACCCCCUCUGAGAGUCUCUGUGCCUGUCUUGUUGCAUACUGUUUCUCCUUCAUUAAUCCCGAACGCUCCUGGACACCAGAAUUCAUCAAUGAUGUGCUCCACUCGGUUGCUCAGCAUGAUUUGGUACUCAAUGCAGACUUCCAUGGGGCGCUAUCAUCCAUCACCACGUCAUUCCUCCUUGACAAAUACACCGUGGAUGUGUGGAUGUCAGAAAUCACAUCGGGAGUUAUGAAUCAAGAGACGGAGGUUGUUUUUGAGAAGCUGAGAAGUUGCUUUGAGACCCGGAGGGCAGUUUUAAUUCUUCCCGGAGACGAGAGUAUCGCCAUCUGGACACGAGAUGAUCAUUUUGCAUAUUUUGCCUUCAUCCCAAGCCGGGAGAGUCUCUUCCUCGUUGCUAAGCUGGAAGAUUUGGUCACAACGAUGAAAUUCAUCUUCAAUUCAGACACAUUCUACCGGAUUUGCGAAAUGGAAGUGACAAAAUUAGAGGAAGCGAGCACAGGGAUGAUUCCGGAUAAUUUACCCGGGAGAGGAUACGUCGAGAUUGAUGAGGAUUUAGCCAUUCUUCGGGGAACUCUUCAACUUGGAACUCUUCAGGCAAGCAAUGGAGAUUCUCAGGGACUUUUUGCAGGCUACACAGCCAUUAUCUUUGCCCAUGCAACACCUCUCAAUUCCUGGGAUUCAGACACACUCGAUAGAGUCCUUAUGAUGAGUGAGAGUCUCACAAGAAAGUCCCUGAAUGCGGGAAAAACGAAAUUCUCCUAUUUUGUCUCAUGUGGCCCCUUUCGGGUGCAUCUGGACACGGAAAUUACUUUCUACAGGGAUUUUGCGGAAAUUCUGGAAGAUCGGCAUCAUCUUGAGCGAACUUUGGCGGCUGGAUGGUCACUUGUAAUGGAAUUCAGUGGAAUCUACUGGACAAUAAUGCUGCAGAAUAUUUUCUAUCUCUUCAAUCCCUAUGAGAAUUCCAAUGCUUUUGGAUCAUCCCUGCAAAUGCAUCAGAAUUUACGGAAUGUCCUGGGAAUUGUGGGCAGUGCAGUUGGUGAGGAUUCCAAGGCAACUGUUCACAUUGUGAGAAUUGUAUCUUGCGAGGAGGCAGGAUCAACUACACCAACAACACAAAAUCCCGAAAUUCCGGAAGAAUUGGAGGAAGUUGAAAGGGCGCUGGAAAUGUGGGAUCAGGAUGGGCUUGCAAGCCAGGAGGAAUUGCGUGAAAAUCAAGAAGAGAAGGAGAGACAAAUGAAAGAAUUAACUGAAGAGCUCAAGAAGAAACGGAAGGAUAUUCAAAUGAAGCUCAAAAGAGCUAAAUCUCAUGGAGAUUAUCACGAAAGUCCCUCCAGCAGUGUUUCAGAGAGAAUAUCAUCUUGUUCUAGCCUCUCCAACACACUAAAUCCCCCACAGAAUACACCCAGCUUCCACAGGGAUGUAAUACAAGAUGUGCAGGAGAUGCAGGAAGUCGCCGAAAUGAGCAGAGAAAGUCAAGGAAUCGCUCCUGUCCAAGAGAGUAGUCAGGAAGGAAGUAUUAUGGAAUUUUCCGAUGAAUUCCCCGAAUCCCCUUUCCAGGAAAACAAUCAAAUCCCACCAACGGGGAAAACCUUUGAAAUUCCCAUAGAAUCAGUUCCACAAACGGGGAAAACCUUUCAAAUUCCCACAGAAUCAGUUCCAUCAACGGGGAAAACCUUUGAAAUGCACCGAGAACCUCUUCCACCAUCUCGAGACACUUCCCCGUCAGAGACAAUUGCAAAGGAUAAUCUAGUUGUUUUGCAAUCUUCAACAGGAAGCAGAGAGAGCCUGAGCAAACUCCUCCGGAAGGGAUUAACGCUGUCCAGUAGAUUCCUCAUAACAACGCCCAAGAAGCGUUUUCUCCUCUUCCACAGAGCUCAGCAUCUCUUCCUCUAUCGCGGAUGUAUUUGCAAUGUACGCCACUUCCCAAUAGGAGUCACAGAUGAGGCGAAAUUCCUUCGUUUCCGGAAAAUUCACGAAGUUAUCACGCACAUCCGGAAGGCUAAUGCGGAUGAAUAAAUCCACACACACUGUGAAUGUGUAAAAAAUUUAUUUACAGCGAAAUUCUCGUGACG